GGGGAGGGUUCUCUGCCGCCAAAAAGGAACCCAAACAGUUCAAAAUGACGUUAACAGAGAAUGAGAAAAGAAAUAUCCGCACGUUUGUGUGUGAACAGCUCCGAGAUGAGGACGAUUUAAGCACCUUGACUUUGGGAAUCCUAAAGAAGCGAUACCUGGCUCAUAUGAGAUGUGACUCGUUAACUUCAGAUGCCAAAUCUUUCAUGAAACAGGCCGUUACAGAGGAGCUGGUCAAAAUGCAGGAUAGUGAAGGUGAUGAGAAAGAGUUGGAGAAGAAAAGCCAUCAAAAGAAGCGAAAAAGAGAGAAGGAAAAUGGUGAUGAGGGGAUAAAUGGGAGAGAGGAUGAAGAUGAAUCCAAGGCAAAGAAAUCCCGUCAUCACUCAAGCUCUUCAUCUGAGUCGAAUGAUAAAGAGGACCACAAAACACAGAGCAAGAAAAAUAACAAAGAAGAAAAUGUUGAAUCAUGUUCAGAGGAUGAGGAGCAAGCAGUGAAAAAAACCCAGAGAAAGAAGAACAAACUUAAGAGCGAUAGUGACGACUCUUCAGAUGAGGAAAUGAAUAAUGAGACGGGACAGAAAGGGAGUGAAGGGGAAGAAAGUGACAGUGACAAUGGAAAGGAUAAAAAGAAAGAAAAGGAUGAUGAGACGGGAAGCAGUAAAGAAAGUCGACGAAAGAAAACACCCCAGACUGAUGAUGAGAACGAAUCUGACAGCGAUGGGGAGUCAGAAACGAGCGUCAGUGCCAACAGAAACGACUCAUCUGAUGACAGCGAAAAAGAAGAAAAAUCCUCAGCUGACAAGAAAAAAGAAGAUUCAGACUCCGAUUCAUCAUCACUUCAGUCUUCAGAGGAUGAAGAGGAGAAUGGGAGAGUAAAUAGAAAUGAAGAAAAGAAAACAAACAAAGAGAAGAGCACCAAAAAAUCAAAGAAAGGCAACACCGACCGUCAAAGGGAUCUAGAAAAAUCAGUUGCCAGGCUGAAACGUUACAUUUCUCUGUGUGGUGUUCGUCUGCAUUACAAGAAGCUCCUCAGCAGCUGCCACUCUGUUCAGUCCCAGAUCACUGUUCUUAAGAACAAGCUUGAAGAGCUUGGUGUCGACGGUCAACCGAGUAUUAAAAAAUGCAAAAAAGUUCGAAAGAAGAGAGAGAAAGCUCAGGAGCUGGCUGAGCUUGACACCAACAACAUCAUUGAAACUAAAGGCCGACCUACACGCAGAGCAGCUGCACAGAAACGACACAGCCCUUUGCCCUCUGCACAUGUGCGCGCUCUGAACUCGGGCUCUGACAGUGAACAGGAAAACAAAGCGCAAAGAGGAAACAGACGAGCGACCAACUGGGCCAACCUGAAAGGGAUCAUCAGUGAUGACGCAGACAGCAACUAACACUGAGGCCGGCCACACACUACAGGGUUAUAAGCUUGAUUUGAGGCAAGAUUUGCCUCCUGGACGAUCGUGGGGUGUGUGGUUUCCAGUGAUCUGACAGUCUGCCUGAGUUAUCUAGUGUGUGCACUCAGAGGAUUAGAGAUGAAAAAUCUUUGUCUUCAUGUCUUUGGUCUCCCACGGUUUUAAAAUCGUUUCAGAUUUAAAAAUCAUCCAGUGUGUGGCCAGCCUAACACAGUUCCUCUUUGAGGUGUUCAAGAGGGUUUUGGAUUUUUACAUUCCUUAAACACGUCAAAUUCAGUCUGUACAAAUGACUUUGUUGCUUAAUUUAAUGGUGCUAAAUGUUUCUAAAAGUUCAUAAAAUCUGUGUUUCUCCAAAUUUUAAUGUAAAGAAAAUGUGUGUCAAAGAUAAUUAAUUGUUGUUCAAUUACAAAUAAAAAUACAAG